ACCAGUUUUUGCUUCCAAAAGGGGCAGACUUUUGCUCGAAGUGCUCCGGAUUCCCUGCCUGUACCGACGUGCGCUCCUUCUUGCCUGUCCCUCCCUUCCACUCUCUCUCUCUCUCUCUCUCUGUGCAAGCCUUUGCAUUUUCUAUUAUAGGCACAAACCAAAGUUGUCGUUUUCUUUAGUAUAGUCAAAAUUUCAUACGAAACCACCUUGGUCACUGUCAAAAGAGUGGCCAAUUUAGUAUUUAUGUAGGCGCCUUCACCAUUUGGGUUUCAUACUUGGCCCUCAAAGUUUGAAUUUUGAAGUGGGUUUUACGUUUAUGGUUUUGAACUGGAAGUGGGGUUUUUGUGUUAUAGUCUGAGACUCUCAGCUGCAGCAGAAGAGGAAAUUUGUUGCAAGAAACCCCAGGAUUUUAAUGAUUUUAUGAAGUUGAGCUCUUAGAAGAAAGCAGAUUUUGUUUUUUCAGAAUUAAGAGGCGAGAAUUUGUUGAAGCUCAAAACUGGAAUGGAUAAGGAACUCUGAGUUCCAAUUUCUCUUCCAUGGGGACGAUGACUGCAUCUUCUACACGGUCCGUUCCACAAGAAUCAUCUAAUUUUGAUGAGGUUUCCAUGCAGCAGAGCUUGCUUUUCUCUGACAGUCUCAAGGAUCUGAAAAAUCUGAGAAAACAGUUAUACUCAGCAGCCGAGUAUUUUGAACUAUCAUACACCAAUGAUGACCAAAAACAGAUAGUGGUAGAAACAUUAAAAGAGUAUGCCAUUAAGGCUCUUGUAAAUACUGUGGACCAUUUGGGUUCUGUUACAUAUAAGGUUAAUGAUCUCUUGGAUGAGAAGGUUGAUGAAGUUUCUGGAACGGAUCUCCGUGUAUCUUGCAUAGAACAGAGAUUGCGGACAUGCCAAGUGUAUAUUGAUCAUGAGGGCCUUUCCCAACAGUCACUGGUGAUAAAUACUCCUAAGUACCACAAGCGGUACAUCUUGCCAGCUGGGGAGACCAUGCAAGGUGCCAAUCAUACCAAGGGUUGCAGCCUAGACGAUGAAGAUGAAUGGCAUCAAUUUAGGAAUGCUGUUCGAGCUACAAUUAGAGAAACCCCACCAUCUACGGUCAGUAGAGGGCGUUCACCCUCACCUUCUUCACGACCUUCCCAACGAUCUGCAAUUUUUUCCUUUACUUCUACCAUGCCCAAAAAAGAAUUAGAGAAGAGAACAGUCUCACCAUAUCGAUUUCCACUUUUACGCUCUGGAUCUCUUUCAAAUAGGGCAAUGACCCCAAACUCAAUUCGGCCAACUACACCAAACUCAAGUAGGCCGACCACUCCAAAUCUUAAUGCAAGAAGACGGUACCCUUCAGAGCCUCGAAAAUCAGCUUCAAUGCGAUUACCUGCGGAAAGAGAAAAUGGCAAAGAGGUUGAACAAUACCCUAGCAAAAGUAAACGUCUCCUGAAAGCCUUGCUUAGCCGACGCAAGUCCAAGAAAGAUGACACGCUAUACACUUACCUGGAUGAAUACUGAAAAAAUGCAAUACAGUGGACUGAGAAGGAAGCCAUGGGAGCAGGGAAAUGACUCUGGACUUUUGCUUUCAGUUUUGUCAUUUUCUUUGAUACUCUUGUAUCUUUUCCUUCUCUGACCGGUAGAUUUAUACAGUAAAGUAUUUUCUCUUUUUUUCCUCCUUUUUCUUUGAAACUCUCAAGAAAUUUAAUUGAUAAUAUGUACCAUUCUUAGUUAUCUUGCAGUAAUGUAUUUACUAUUUCGUCAGCAAAAUUAUGUAUGACAUUAUUUUUUUUGUUGAAAAUGUAUAAUGUGAAGCACAAUGAUAUUUUGGUAUUAAGGAAGGUUGGUCCUUUUUAGCUG